AUGGGGCAUGCUGUACACCAGUUCAAGGCUCUAUUUUGGAAGAAUUGGCUCUGCCGUGUGAGGCAACCGGUCUUGUCUCUCACUGAAAUACUAUGGCCAUGUGUGCUUUUCUUGAUUCUGGCUGCAAUCCGCUUCCAGGAGCCCCCAAAAUACAAGGAAAACUGUUACUUAGAAGCUCGGGAUUUACCAAGUCGGGGCCUUUAUCCUUUCAUGCGGACGCUUUUCUGUAAUGUUGGUUCAAGAUGCAAGAAUACUAGUUACACAACACAGAAAAACAACUGCUUACGAAAAUUGAGAAUAUCUACCAAAAAAAAUCUUAGAGGUUUGAGCCAGAUGGAUUUGAAUGAAGUGGAGGAAAUGAUUUCUAGAGCAGAAAACCUGUACAAGCAACCAUAUUUCUGGAACCUUCUGCAUUCACUCCCUCGCCUUGAAUCGAACAGCUUUUAUACAGAAGAUGGGUUAGGUGCCAUAGCACAGUUUCUAAAAGUUAUUCAAAAUACCUUAGCAUCAUUGAAGGAUUUAGCUAUGAUGCCACUGGGCAAAAGUUUCUAUGAAGUGGUGAAAACAGCACUGAAUUUAACUGCUACAUCAGUACAGGAUAGGAGCUUAGAAGGUUUUCAGUAUAAUCUUUCUCUUGGGGAUGUUUUGUGGAAUCCACAUGCUGUGAGAGCAGAACUUGAAUCCAGGUUUGGUUUUGAUGAUCUUCAUGUUGAGAAGCUGCUAAGUUACACAGCACAAUUAACAAAGAUUCCCACAGGAGAGACACUGGAGCAGUUUGUGUGCUCUGCUCUGUCCAGUGUGGCAGAAGAUGAAGCAAACAAAGAGAAUAAUGAAGAGGGCUGUAUUUCUGCAUGGCAUGAGGCCAAACUGUAUCUUGUUCAUGCUGUCAGCAAGCUCAGACUCUAUGCACAGGUAUUUGAGCAAUGGUUCAGCAGAAGCCCCUCUCAGAAACUCCUUUUGGAACUUGAAAGAAUCAUAGCUGAUUUAAUGUCUCAGUUUCUAGAUGACAGGGAAGCCGGGAAACUUUUCUCAGAGAUAAAUACCCUGAUCCAGCAAUGGAAUGAGAAAUCAGAUGCCUACUUUUCAGAAGGAUAUACUGCAUCUCAUAAUCUAAUCCUGCAUCUGGAGAAAAUGCAGUCUGUACUGCAGGAUGUACCUCAGUGGCCUGUUACGAAGAGAUUGCUUCUGGUAGAUGGAGCUAUAAGGAAUGUAAUAGCACAGUAUUUAUCCUUCACUGAAGGAUGGGUUGAUUUGAAGUAUGCUACACAAUUUUGCCUGUAUACUGUAUAUCAGUACACCUUCCUUCAUGAUGGUGGAGUUACACUGAUUUACUACAGCUGGGCAUCUGCCCUCUCAGCUUAUGUGAUGUUGAUGAGCAAUGCUUCCUAUAUGUGCAAUGAUGUGCUUAGAGUGUUUGAGAAGACCCUGAGACUUCCACAGGGGUCAGAUGACAUUGACAUUUUAGCAGUAUAUGUGUGUCCUGGCAAUGGCUCAGAGGUGACCUUCAAGCUAAGUAACCAGGUCCAGUCACUAAAGGAAUCUGUCCUGCUCCUGCAGAAAGUAACUCAGGGACAACAGAGCCCGCCAGAUUCAAUAAUGGAUGAUUAUUUGGGAUGGCAAGAAAUAGAAGAGCAGCUAACCGAAAAUUAUGCUUAUUACUGUGAAAUGAAUCAAUUGCUGAGCACAGAGGCACCAUCUGAGGAGGAUGUCCAUUUCAGCUCUUGUCAGGAACAGCUUCUCUUCUCACUAAUUAAUAAUACACUUGAAGAAAUUUUGUUUGCUUUUGAGGGAAAUCCAUACUGGAAGGAUUUAACAACUUUCGUCAGUUGGACAUGCGAGGUAGCUCAAUACAUGAAUGAGGAAGCAGGCUCUGCGGGAAGUCAGUCAGAGCUAAUCAGAAACGUGCUGAAUACCUCAUCAUUUUUGAAGAGAGAAGAAAACUUACGGAUUUCUGGUGAAAAUGAAAUGGAUCAUCUUUUUCAUCUUGUAGAAGUCAUAGAAGAAAUUAACAUGCUUGAUUUCUCAGCUUCUUCAAACCAGUCUCUAAUUGAAAAUGUCUUGAAUAAUACUAUUAUAUGGAUGAAAAAUUUUGCUGAGGGGAAGGAAUCUGCCACCAAUUUCUCACUUGCAGUUUCUGAACUCUAUAACGAACUACGAAAAUAUUUCCAGCCUCUUCAGAGAUUCUGGAUGAAAGAGGAGACAGAGGUUUUCUGGCAUAUAGUGAAAAUUGUAUUCUAUGAACUUGAUUCUAGGCUCUCUCAUUUGAGUCAAGUGGAAGAGGAGGAGGUAUUGGAGACCUUAUUUAGAAUUAUAUUUUCUACUGCAGAAAAUAAAAUCCGUAAUAGAAGUAUGCUAUUGCUCCGAAAUAUCCUGACUGAUUGGCCAGAGUUAAAUAUUGCUGCUUUGAACCAUCUAAAACACUUAAGUGAAAGCUUCCUAAGGAAUCUCUAUGAGGUCAGAUCAUUGACUGAUGAUCAUGUCAAUGUGUCUUUCAGCACAAUUCAUGGAGUGAGUAAUGCCUCCUCUUUAUUACUCUCAAAUGCGACUUUUAUAUAUAAAGUACAAGAAUUAGGAGAAAUUGUGCACGAUUUCUUCAAAAACAUCCAAAAAUUAAACAGUACUAGUGUGGCCUCAUUUCUUCCAAUACUUUUCUCUCUGUAUCAGAAUGAUAAUCUGGUCUUAAAUAUUGAGGGCAACAGCACUCUGUUAACAUUUCUUUAUGAGACUUCAAAAGAUACUUCAUCUUUUCAAGUAUGGCAUGACUUCCAAGAUAGGGAUCGAGUUUUUGAUUUUUUGUCUGAAACAUUUGGUCUUCUCUGGAACUUCACCAGCAAGUCUCUCUGUGAAAAGUUACUAAUCAUUUACAACUACACAGAGUUUCAGGCCCAGUCUCUUGCACAGAAAGGAAAAAAAGAGAUGCAAGUUGUCUAUAGCACUCUGAGCAGCCUUAAAACUUUGUUUAUAGAUGAAGAGCUCCAAACAGCUGCCUUCUGUUAUUUGGAACAGUUUCUUGGUAUCUUCCCAGAAUGCCUGGUAAAUAAUGGGUGCAUUGAUUUUUAUCUGUCAAACAGUACUUCUGUAGAUCAUUCAGCAGAGGUUUACAACUUACUUCUGCUUCCAUUGGACAGUGUUCUGUCUAAUGUAACAAACUUGGGAGAUAAGGUUAGUGUGCCUUCUGCUUUGCACUGCACUUUUACAUGGCUUCAAACCUGGACAGAGGUUUUUGAAGAAGCAUCCAAAAUCUUAAAUUUGAAUUCAACCUUUUUUGUCUGUCUAAGAAAUGAUUUGGCAAAUCUCUCUGAAAGUCUUUCAAAUGCAACUCAUGAUGAACUGUGCAAUAAUACAGCUAUGGUUAUUGUUGAAGCUACAACAGAAGCAAUGAAUCUAUUAAAAAUCAUAUUUGAAGGAGGUGGUGAUUUAAAUGACUGGAAAGAUUUUGAAGCUUUCCUUGCUAAUCUUCAAAAUGUAUUUAACAAUGCAGUUGAUGUCACAAGCUCGCUUAAAAGUAACAGUUUAGAAAGUGUUUUAGAAAUGAUGGGAGUCAUGAUAACUGAAUUGCAGAAAUCUAUACUGAAGGUUGUUAAUGGAGAGCUUUUGAAUUCUUGGCUUGAUACUUUCAUCUCAGGAGGAUCCGAGGGAGAAGACAGGGGUGCUGGUGUAUUUUCUAUUGGAAAUUCCCUUUCUACUAUUCUCAAGCUCUCCCAAAAGGAACUUGGAAUUAUUCUUGCUGAGAUAAAAGACACAACUGCUUUCUUUAAAAGUGUAUCUCAAGGAAAAUAUAUGGUUUGUAUCAGCAUUUUCCAGAAUAUUACCAAACUAAUUUUGGACAAUACUCUGAAAGAUCUUUCAUCAGUUGAACUUUUGGCAGGAAUUAAAACUCUUCUGAAAAAUAAAACUUUUGAAAUCCAAGAAAGCAGCUCCUCUCAUUUGGAUGUUGAGAUUGAACCUUUCUUGCAUGAGAAAAAUACCAGUUUGUUGAUGGAGUUCUUUCAAGAUGUGUUUAGUAAACUUGACUCAAACUUGCAGGGUGAACACAAAACCUUUCUCCAGAAACUGAUAGAAACAGCAGCUCUGAAUAUUGAACUGGUAAGGAAGGCACUUAAAAUUUUCAAGUCUUCUAGUUUUACUGGCUUUCCAUUAAGAGAUGGUAAAGAGUUUCUAAAGCAUAUGGUAACCUUGGUGCAAAAUAUGAGGAACGUGGAUGUUGAGUUCUUGAUAAGUCAAUUCAAACAAGUCCAGAGGAGCCUAGAUAAUUUCUUUAAAAAUAUCAAACCUUUGUAUAUUGAGAACUCUGAGUUAAGAAUGUUAACAGACUGGUGGGAUGCAUUUCAGAAUAAUUCGUGUAAUUGGAACCUGACUGGCUUAUGGCAAAUAACACGACUCUUUGAACAAGAUGAGCUCUACGAUGUAGAAGAGAUGUUCCAUUUCCUCCUCAAUGUCAACAGCCUUACAGAAAGAUUAGCUCAUGGAAACAUCACGGAAGCACUAACUGAAGUAUACGCUUUCAUAUUGACUCAGGAAGCAAAAAUGCCAAUGUUUACUGCAAAGGAGUUCUCUAAUCAAGUAGAAAGUCUUCUAAUGUUACUGGAGACACUGACAGAUACGUCUAAUGAACCUGCAGAGGCCUCAGUUUGUUUUUCUGCAGCGUUCUGCUGGACUCUCACAACAGCAACACCUCAGAGUGAUCCCACCUUUAAACCUUGUGAGUUUGUGCAUAGCAAUUCUACUCUUAGUUACAAUGCAGUCAUCCAAGUCGUUAAGGAGCUGAAACUCAUCACUCUGGAGGACAGUUCCUCAUGCACUAUGGAAGACUUCCAGAUGGAUAUCACUCGCAAUCUGACCUGCUUUUUUCAUCAGAUCAAAGAAUGGAACUCUAUUCUUUUGAAGUUUUCUGACCUCCAUCAUGUAAAUGGCUCAGUUCUCAAAAAGCUGCUAGAUUUUUGGAAUGAGCUAUCCCUCUACACUGUGCCACUGCAGGUGAAUAAUACAUACUCAAUCAAUUGUUCCUCCACACCGAAGAGACAAGUGGCUUUACAAAUUGUAGAAGCACUGGGCAGUAUGCCAGUGGCAGAAAUGGAGAUGGCCAAAGGUGUUCUCGAACAGCUGGAUGAUCUUUAUGGUGGUCUAAGUUGGAACAGACAUUCAAGAACAUCACUUAUAAAGACUGUUCUUACUAAUUUUAAGAAUAUGACCAGCGAUGUUUCUAGACUCCUGGAUACAGAAGCUGUCCUUUCUUUUCUUUCUGUAAUUCAACCCUUAAUGACACUGUCUUCUGUUGGAAACCAGACAUACUCAAUGCUUAUGAUAUUAUCAGCUUUAAAUGGAAACAGUAAUAUAUCUGAUAACUUUGAGAACUUCUGGUUUCCUAUAGUUACAAGCAUAGAAGAUUUAUUGGUGAAUUUUAAUGUUAGACACUUACUUGCAGUGAUAGACCAAGAGUUUCAAUUACUGAGGUUAGCCACUGGACAGUCCUCUUCAGUGGCUUUUGAUGCUUUAAUACAGCAGUUUAAUACAUCAUCUGUAGAUGCUAUGUUAAGAAAUUUUGAAGACAUACAAGAGAUUGUGAACAGCUUUCUAUGCGAGUGUAAAAAUAAAAAUUAUCCUAAAAUAAUGCAUGCUCUAAUUCUCCUUAUGGCUAAUGAAAAUUCAUCAAGUGACCUACUGCUGGUUGUCAAAGACAUUAUUGACUUUCUGGAACUAUUCCAAAAUAAGUCUAAGGAAGAUUACACUGGUAUGUUGUUUGUUGAUGGUCGUCUUAGCAGAGAAAAAUUGAAUACUCAUACUGCUAAUUCAGUUUUGCUAAACAGUCUCCUUCAUAUAAUUGCUGAUCUUGCUGUUAUGGAAGAAGCUUUGCAUACAAACAAUAUUGAUCUUCAGAUAGUUGACUUCAUUGAUUCAUUUUUUGAUAAUGCACAAUAUAGAGAAUGUAAAGAUGGAUUAACAAGUCACUUAAUCCUCUCUGUCAUUGAAGGAGUCACCCUGGUUCGAGAUCGUUAUCAGGAUAUUGAAAGAAUGUGGCCUGCUUUCAACAAGGGGGAUUGUGAGAGUAUGGCAUAUAUAAACCAAAAACUUUCCAAUACUUGGGAGAGCUUCCUGAGAGCCUUGCAGAAUACCAGCAAUGGCAGCUGUGAAUGUCAACUAACGUUGGGGAACAUACAGAGACGACUGCAAAUGGUGGCUGAAAAUUUGAAGCUACAGUUGUCAGAAAAUCCAGUGGCAGCUUUUCUCAGCAAUUUUAAUCUUUUGAAUGAUAUGAAAGUCAAAGAGUGUGUGCACAAUCUUACUCAGUUGAGACUGGAUAUUGGUUCUUCUGUCAAUAUUUCUGAAGAAACUGUCAGUACCAUCUUGGAAGCCAGUAUCUCUCAUUCAAAGGUUUUUUACAGUGCCUUUGUGGUAGCUUUAACUGGAAGAUGUGAUGAAGAAGUACUUAGCCUGCUGCUAAAGCUACCUGAAAACAGUAAAACCUCCCUGGCAGUGGAAGAAUUAUGUUCUUUACCAGCACUGGACUUGUAUACCAUGUUUGUACUGAUUAUACAGAAUUGGAAAUUACGUCAUAUCAUUUACAAGAUUAAGAUACCAUCUGAGAUAGGCAAUGUACUAAACAUGCUACUGGAUGUGGUUUCUAGUAUCAGCUCUCUUCUCAAUAAAGCCCAUCAUGUCAUGGAAAACCUUCCAGUGUUCCUCCAAGGAAUUCAAAAUACUGGUGUGCUUGACAUCUCUGCAUUGCAGCAGUUCUUGCAAGGUGGGCAGUUCAGAAGUUCAGCUGUUGGAUCCCUGGAGUCUUUAAUCAAGGCAGUGUGUAAAGAAGAAUCUUCAUUUUUCAGCAAUACAAACCUGUUCAUCGACAUGCCCAGAAUCAUGGGACUUUUGGAGGACAAUAUGGCAAAAUACAGCAUUCCUGAAGACUCAACUCCAUUUUGCCUGAAACUUUAUCAGGAGAUUUUGCAGUCUUCUAAUGGGGCUUUGCUAUGGACUUUCCUGAAACCUUUAUUACAUGGGAAGAUACUGUACAAUUCAAAUAUCAACAUGAUUGACCUGGUGAUGGAGAAGGCUAAUUUCACUUUUGGUUUUGUGGAAAACUUGAAGACUUAUUCUGAGUCAUGGCUUAGGAUGUCUGAGGUUUUUAAAACCAGUGGAAGUGUCCUCACGGUCUCAAGACUGCAGGAAGCACUGCAAAGCAAUUUCAUAAAGCACUUUAUAGAAAGUAAUUUGGAUAUUGACAUGGAAAAACUCUUUAAAAAAAUGCAAGUAUAUGAAACUAUGAUGAACAAGAUGCUUAACAGCUCAGCAAGUAAACAGAUUGACCUGUUGUCACAGCUUGUAGUAAAUAUCUCUUCCUGUGUGUUACUGGACCGUUUCCAGCCUUUUGACUCUGUUGAGAAAUUGGAGGAGAAGGCUCAUGAACUCAUGCAGCAAAAGAAUUUUUUGGCUAGUAUCAUCUUCAAUACACCAAAGAACAAGACACAAGAUUCUAGCAAUCUCCUUCCACGACACAUUUCAUAUACAAUUAGAACCAGUGUUCUCUAUAGCAUGAGAACGGAUUUGAUUAAAAACCCAGCGUGGAAAUCCCAUCCCCAGAAGUUGCCAGCUGAUGGAUUUAAAUACAACCACAUCUUUAUUCCUCUUCAAGACAUGAUUGAAAGGGCAAUUAUUUCAGCACAGACUGGGACAGAUACCUCAGAGCCAGCCAUUCAGGUGCAAGCCAUGCCUUACCCUUGUCACACCAGUGAUCUAUUCUUGAACAAUAUAGGUUUUUUUUUCCCACUUAUGAUGAUGUUAACAUGGAUGGUUUCAGUUGCUGGCAUGGUUCGCAAGCUGGUUUAUGAAAGAGAAAUUCAUCUUGAAGAGUAUAUGAAGACAAUGGGUGUACAUCCAGCCAUUCAUUUCUUUGCUUGGUUUCUGGAGAAUGUCAUAGUGCUCACAAUAAGCAGCUGUGCUCUGACCAUCAUAUUAAAAGCAAGUGGUAUCUUUGCUUAUAGCAAUGGCUUCCUCAUCUUCCUUUUUCUCCUGGAUUUUGGAGUUACAGUUAUUAUGUUAAGCUAUUUUUUGGGAGCAUUUUUUAGCAGUGCCAAUACAGCAGCUCUGUGUGCCAGCCUUGUGUAUAUGAUCAGUUUUUUACCCUACAUAGUUUUGUUGGUCUUGCAGAACCAGUUGAGUUUCACCAACCAGACUAUAAUGUGUCUUCUGUCUACAACUGCCUUUGGGCAAGGAGUAUUUUUCAUUACAUUCUUUGAGGGCCAAGAAAUAGGAAUUCAGUGGAAUAAUGUGCACCAGUCGAUGGCACAAGGAGGAUACAUGACCUUUGGGUGGAUGUGCUGGAUGAUGUUCUUUGAUUCCAUUUUAUAUUCUAUAGGUGGCUGGUAUUUCAGCAAUAUUAUUCCUGGAAAAUUUGGAUUAAAGAAAAGAUGGUACUUUCCUUUUACUGCUUCCUACUGGAAGAACCUGUGGGGUACAGAGAGGAGGAAGAGACAUUACCUGAAUUCUAAUAUGUUUUUCUUCAAUGAAAACUUCCAAGAAAAAGGUUUCACUUUGGAAAUCAGAGGCCCUUGCAUCGAAGGAGCCACCAUUGGUGUCGUGCUGCUGUCUCUCACCAAAGAGCACGUGGAUGGCCAGAAGGCUGCUGUUAAAGAUCUCAGCCUCACUUUCCAUAGAGGUCAGAUAACAGCGCUCCUGGGACCUAAUGGAGCUGGCAAGACAACAGUUAUAUCACUGUUGACUGGCCUGUAUCCACCCAGCUCUGGUACCAUUAUUAUUAAUGGAAAGGACAUACGUUCUGAUCUGGCUGCCAUCAGGACAGAGCUGGGUGUUUGCCCACAGUAUGACGUCCUGUUCAACAUACUGACGGUGCGAGAACAUCUACUGCUUUAUGGAUCAGUGAAGGCACCUGGCUGGACAAAGGAACGGUUGAAUCAGCAAGUCAGUGGAGCUCUGGAAGAUGUGGAUUUAUCCCAACAUCAGUACAAACCUGUUGGAGCCCUUUCUGGGGGAAUGAAAAGGAGGCUGUCAAUUGCCAUCUCCUUUAUUGGAAACUCAAAGACAGUUGUUCUAGAUGAGCCCACCAGUGGAGUAGAUCCAUGUUCUCGCCGUAGCAUCUGGGAUGUUCUUCUGAAGUACAAAUCCGGUUGCACACUGAUCUUUACCACUCACCAUCUUGAUGAGGCAGAGGUGCUCAGUGAUCACAUUGCCAUCCUGCAGCGUGGCCAGCUGAGGUGCUGUGGUUCUCCCUCUUAUCUGAGAGAAACGUAUGGCCAGGGACACAGUCUAACACUCGUAAAAAAGCCGUCAGUGUUUGAAAUGCAGGAUCCGAAGCAUAUUGUUCAGGUCACAUCUUUGGUACAGACCCACAUCCCAGAAGCCUUCUUGAAAGAGAACAGUGGGACUGAGCUGACCUACGUGAUUCCAAAAAGGGCAGAUAAGACCUCUUUUAAAGGUCUUUUUCAGGCUUUAGAUCAAAGCCUUCAUCAUCUACAUGUGACUGGCUAUGGCAUUUCUGACACCACCUUGGAAGAGGUAUUUCUGAAGCUACUGCAGGACUCAGAGAAGAUGCCCUAUGUUCCACAGGCAGCACACCUGGACCGUACAAAUGGUGCUGAAUCAGCUUGGGCCUCAAGUGUGCGUGGAGCCCGUCUUGUUCUUGCACAGAUUGUUGCCCUUCUGAUGAAGAGGUUUCUCCACACUAGGCGAGACUGGAGAGGAAGUCUGUCAAAUGUGCUGCUGCCUGUCCUCUUUGUUGCACUGGCAAUGGCCUUGUUUAGUGUGAAGCCGCUGGCUAUUGAUUAUCCUUCUCUCAAGCUGACACCAAGACUUUAUGACAAUGCAGAAUCCUUCUUUAGCACUGAAGAUGAUAACCUAGGAAACCUUUCUCAGAUUCUACUGAGAUAUUUCUUUGAUUGGGACCACACGUGCAUGCAUUCAAAACAAGGAAAAAAUAAUUCCUGUUGGCAGAUGGAAUCUACGUCACCCCAGGAUUCAUGCGGAUGUGUGGCUGAACAAGAGAUGUGUCCAAGUUUCAAUACCUCUGCUCCCUAUGUGAAGAAUAAGAAAGGACAGAUUUUGUAUAAUCUUUCAGGGUUCCUUGUGGAAGAAUAUUUAGUGAGGCCUUCCAACAAAGCAAGAUAUGGUGGUUGGUCUUUUGGAGGGAGGAAAACAUUUGAACUUCAAGAUAAAAAAUUGAAUAACACCAAAUCUAAGCCUCUGGCUAAGGUGUGGUACAACCAAAAAGGUUUCCAUUCGCUGCCAUCCUACUUAAAUGAACUCAGUAACUUCAUUCUGUGGCUGAAUUUGCCUCCUAAUGUGGAUUGGAGACAGUAUGGGAUCACACUCUACAGCCAACCAUAUGGAGGAGCCUUGCUGGAUGAGGACAAAAUAAUGGAGAAUGUUCGUCAGUGUGGAGUAGCACUGUGUAUCAUGCUGGGUUUCUCUAUCCUUACUGCAUCCAUUGGAAGUGCUGUAGUGAAAGACAGAGUAUCUGGCACAAAACGUUUGCAGCACAUCACAGGCCUGGGUUACAAAACUUACUGGCUUGCUAACUUCUGCUAUGAUAUGCUGGUUUACAUGGUUCCAGUCACCCUGUGUGUUGGUGUUAUUAGUGCCUUCCAGCUAUCAGCCUUCACUUUCCGAAAGAACUUGGCAGCCACUGUUCUCCUGCUGAUACUCUUUGGAUAUGCAACUUUACCGUGGAUGUAUCUUGUAUCCAGAUUCUUCUCAAGUUCAGACGUAGCUUUUAUUUCUUACAUCUCCUUAAAUUUUGUGUUUGGCCUGUGUGCCAUGCUGGUGACUCUCUUACCUCGUUUGUUAGCUAUAAUUUCCAAAGCGCAGAGUUUUCAGAACAUCUACAAUAUCCUCAAAUGGGCGUUCAUCAUAUUCCCACAAUUCUGCUUAGGCCAGGGUUUAAUAGAACUUUCAUACAAUCAGAUCAAGUUUGACCUGACCAGCAACUUUGGAAUAGAUUCAUAUGUGAGCCCCUUUGAGAUGAAUUUCCUGGGCUGGAUUUUUGUGGAAAUGGCCCUGCAGGGAACGCUACUUCUUCUUUUACGCCUUUUUCUUCAUUGGGAUCUCCUCCAGAAACCAAGGGGUCAAUGUUCAAUUAACAGCAUGGUCAGUCCUUCAGAAGAUGUUGAUGUAGAAAUGGAGCGACAGCGACUCUUUGGUGGAAGAACUGGUAAUGAUGUCCUCCUUCUGUACAACCUCAGGAAGUGUUACGGAGGUUUCAGUAAGAAGAACACAGCUGUGGAAAGCAUAAGCUUGGGAAUACCGAGGGGAGAGUGUUUUGGACUCCUGGGAACAAAUGGAGCUGGGAAAAGCACAACGUUUAAGAUGCUGACUGGAGAUAUCAUCCCAUCUGCGGGGCGUGCUGUUAUCAGGACUCCUACAGGGUCUGAAAUGGAUAUACUGUCUGCUAGCGCUGAAGGCAUUCUCAUCGGCUAUUGUCCACAGCAAGAUGCCCUAGAUGAACUUUUAACAGGUUGGGAGCAUCUGUAUUAUUACUGCACGCUGCGUGGAAUUCCAAAACAGGAUAUCCGUAAGGUUGCAGAGGACCUUAUUAACCGGUUACACUUCAAAGCCCAUGCCGACAAACUGGUGAGAACAUACAGUGCUGGCACAAAGAGGAAGCUCUCUACUGCCGUGGCUUUAGUUGGUAAACCCCAAAUACUUUUACUGGAUGAGCCCAGCUCUGGGAUGGAUCCCUGCUCUAAACGCUACCUUUGGAAAACCAUCCUGAAGGAAGUUCAGGAUGGCUGUGCAGCUGUGCUGACAUCCCACAGUAUGGAAGAAUGCGAGGCCCUCUGCACACGACUUGCUAUUAUGGUCAAUGGAAGUUUCAAGUGUCUUGGUUCUCCCCAGCACAUUAAAAACAGGUUUGGAGAUGGCUAUUCUGUCAAAGUUUGGCUUAGUGAAGAAAUAAACUAUCGAAGAAUAAUUUUGGACCGUCUACAACUGCAUUUUCCUGGAACACAGUUUAAGGGACAGCAUCUUAACCUGCUCGAGUACCAUGUACCACGAAGUCAGGGGUGCUUAGCAGAGCUCUUCAGAGUCCUAGAGAAUCACAAAGCUUUUCUCCAAAUCAAACACUACUCCAUUAGCCAAAACACAUUAGAGCAGGUAUUCAUUAAUUUUGCUACACAACAGCAAGGCGUCUCGCAUUCUUCACAAGAAUCUCCUGUUGUUCAUCAUGACCACCUGCCAGUCUAG